UGGUUUAAUAUUUUGUUAUUUUGUAUGUAUUAUAUAUAAAAAAAGAUUAAACCACUUUAAACGUAAUCUCUAUAACCACGUUUAGUUGAAUAAAAAAAUGUAAACAAAAAUAACACGUGACCAUAGAAUCAUCACAGCACAAGCGCUUUCAUCGACAAAAAAAGAUACUGACUUGCUCCAAAAAGUAUAUAUUGUCUAUUUGUUUUUAUAUAUAUUGUUUUUGCAACAUUUUGCCACAUGGCCUUGAAAACAUAUAUACCUAAUUAUAUUUUAAAAAAACAUAUGCAGAGCAAUUUAAUUGAUACAGUUUGAUGCAUUGUUUGGUGCAGUGUCACUGCAGUAAGAUAAAAAAGAUAAACCAAGUCUCAACACAAGGUCAAUGAUUCCAUCAGCACGUCAAACCGGCUGGACUAGUUGUCAUCACAUUUAAUUCUAUAAAAUCAUCAUCAACUACAUUCUAUCAUAUCAAUUAUUGUUGACAUAAACAAAAGGUUAUGUUUUAAACGUGUUACACAAUUUUAAAUAAUAAAUAUAAAUAAAAUGGGAAUUGAUGGAAUGAGAGUUGGUGCUGGAAGAUGUCCACCACUUGUCGUUGCAGUAUUAUUGUUAAUAUCAUUUCUUCUUGUUUGCAACUGGUGGAAUUUAUCAACUGAAAAUGCUGAAUUAUUAUAUCAAAUUGAUCAAUUACAUGAAGAGCUUAAAAUAAGCCUUGAUGAAAGAAGUAGGUGUAUUAUACUUAAAGAAAAUUUUGAAAAACAGUAUAAACAUUCAGAGGAUGAACUUGGUGCACUUAAUGUUAGACUUAAGCAACAAGAAAGCGAAGCUAAAACUCAACAUGAUGAAUUAUCAGUAUCUCUUGACGUUUGUAAAAGUGAAUUACAAUCACAACAAAUAUUAGAUGCUGCAAAAACAAGUACACUUGAAGCAUUGAGAGUUAAAAAAGAUCUUCUCAAUGAAACACUUGAUUUUAAAACAAAAGAAUUUAAAAAACUUCAAAUUGACAUGGAUAAAGUCAAAAAUGAAUUUAAAAGUUUAACUGAAAAAUGUAAAAAUCAAGAUAUUAAAAUAACAAAUAAUAACACUGAUGAUGUUUUAGAUAACACAGCAAAAGAAGAGGAAGGAGUCGGUGGAAAUAAUAAUGAAGAAAAAAAUGAAUUAAAUGAAAAAAAUAAAGAGGCUGAUAAUUUACGUGAUCCAGUUGUCGAUUUGAUACUUGACAAAGCUGAAGAAAAUAAAAAUAAAGUAAGCUAA